CAUAUCAGCGCUGCAUUCAUUUAUCAAUCAAAAAGCAUCGGUACCAAGUGGAAGUGGGAGAGUGCAGUUUGAGUGCAGCAAUUUCAGUUACGAGGCGUUACGCGUGAUACACAUGGUGGCAUAAUAAUAAUACGGCUGGCUAGACCGGGUGGCUUAGAGCAUAACAACUAAGAGAGUGUGCUAGAAGGCGGCAGAUUUUAUUUUCGCUUCCUGCUGAGGUGCAAUUUGAAGCAUUGGACUGUUGUGAAUAACACGUUUGGGGACUUGUUCGAUCAGUGCGUGCGUGAAGAAAAUGAAGCCAUUAGUGUGGACAAUUGUGUUGGUGGUUUUGCUGGUUGAGUUAGCAUACGCAGAACCAGAACCAGUGACACCGGAUAUAAGGAAAGCGCGACAUCCUGCCAGUGGACCGACCAGUUACAAUACCAUAUCGGUUCAGGACAGUGAAAAUCUAAGUAAACUACAGAACACAGUUGCUCCUUCGGUUCAGAUCCCGUUGAAGCCUAUAGUGGCUGGACCUACCAAGGCUCCGGAUUCGCAUGCGCAGCAUAACAGUGGAUAUGCGACUCUUCCGGUGCAUUCUCCCGUUGCUAGUGCAGUGAUUCAACCAGGAGGUUCGCCAUACUAUUUUAUGACCCCCCAACAAGCGGGGAACCAAGUUUUACCACCAGCAACUACCCCGUUGAUCAUGCAAUACAUCACUCCACAGGGACAACCUACUGGAGGCCUACAGUAUAUCCAGCUGUUGCGACCAGUGCUGUACCCCUAUCAUCAUGGCGCCCCGUACGUCCAACCGUCCUACGUUCAACAACACCAACAACAAGUGGCCGCCAUCAGUCAGCAACAGCAGCAGCCGCAACAGCAACAUUCGAGUUCGGUUUCCCAGCUCCACCAGCACCAGCACCCGCACCACCAACAUACGCUUACGCACCACUACUCCGCCAUACCGACUUCGGCGCCAACUUCGCCACCGAGCAGCCACGCCCACUCGCACUCACACUCGCUCCAAACGAGUACCACCCAGUCCAGCUUCGUACCCUUCCAGCCUUCAUCGUUGCAGCAGUACAGCGUCGUCGGCGCCGGAGCCGUCGCAGCACCUGGAGUCACUUCCGUUAGCGGCCACCCUGGGACACAUCCGGUUGCGGCAGCAGCAUCGACCGCCGCACUAACCGCCAGUUCCCCGUACGCCGGUCCGAUUGCUCAGUAUUCGAGCCCGGUGCUCACCUACUAUCAGCCACGCAUUUCACUCAUCAAUGGGCCGGACAUGAGCCUCAACACCAAUGAGUAUAUGCCUCCGGGUGGCGAUCAUUUCUACUCCAAAGGCGUAAAGGGCGUCCGGGCGUAGAAGAACUCAGGAAAGCGACAUUCGCCCGGUUCUUCUACGUUUUUGUUGACGUUUUGAGUGUAAUCCCUAGAUCUUGUUGAUCUCCCUUUCAGUUCGGUUUCGGAAUUGACCAUACCAAAUUUGUAGGUAAAUUAACAAAAUUCAUAUGUUUAUUUUUCUGUUGACUGUUCUGAUUACGAUGAUUCUCAUGAGAACCAUCAUGGUAAUUUUCGUUAGAAGUCAAUAAGAUUUAAUCUAAUAUGCUUAAAAAUGCCCACAGUUUAGAGAACAAAUGGAAAUCUUUGAGUUUUAAUACAAAUUGUAAAAUUUUUAGGCUAAAACAACCAGAACAAUUUUAGCCUGCUGCACAUCGCAAUUAAAUUUUCACAGUCGCCAUAUAUCUUUAUUUUUACUUGAGAAUGUAAUAAACUGUGCUCAAAAUUAAGAUCCCAAAUCUCAAAUUGGAAUUAUUCAAAUACAAAUAUACUGAUUUCUGUAAAAAAUUUCUAAGUAAAUUGGAACUAAUAAUAAAUUCUGAGUACAAAUAGUACUUUUACAAGCUCAUGACUUGUUGUCCUCUUACUAAUACAUUUGGUCGAAAAUUAUCAUCAAUGAAGCAUCAUAACUAAAAUUAUUCCAUUCCUUCGUUCUUUUAGUUAAGACAUUAAAAUCAGUUAUGAACUAAGAAACGGAUGAUUUGUCCUUUUUAAUUCGAAAU